AUGGCUGCUGCAAGAGAACGUCCCAGGUUAGACUACCUUAAUUCGCAAGAGCCAGGAGAUGCAUCACAGGCUAGUGCCAUUGAUAUUGUGGACAUGCUGAUAGAAGAUGAUGAUACAGAGGCUUUUCAGACAAUAACAGUUGAGCCGGUAAGUGCAACAAAGUCAGUUUCCACUUUAGGCUCAAAAGUAGCUCAGUGCUUGGCAAAAAGGGCUGAUCACAGUUUGACACUUGAGAAGGCAGGUAUUUUUGACUGGUUUGAUACCCCCAACCAUGAUGCUGGCAUAGCCAGUAACAUUUUGAGGGAAAAUGCAAUAGCUCAUGUCAAAAACAGAAUUUCAUAUUUUGACUCCCAGAGAUGUGGUGGCUAUGGAUCAGGUACAAGGGCUGGGGCAAUGCUAGAAUGCAUUGAUGAGGACUUGGGCAUGAACUGCCUGAAGAAACCAGAACCAGCAGCUGUUACCGAUGAUUUAUAUGAAGCAUAUGAUAUUGGGCCUAAUACUCAAAUGGCAGCUGAAGCUAUGGAAGCAUUGUUCAAUGCAUCACCUGUCAGUUACAAUGUCAUGGAGCAUGAACACCUGAAAAAUUCUCUGGGGAAAGAAAACAAAGUGGAUUCAUUAUGUCCAGUAAAUUCGCCAGUUCAGAACCAAAUGCUAGCCUGUUUACGUCAGAGCUCAGAGGGAAUGACAUCACAGCUUACGCGCCUCAAGGUAGAUGACAUAGAAAUGACAAAUGGCGAAAGUUCAAUCCCUUUGACGAACCAUCCCAGUAAGUCAAAAACCAGGAAGAAUACAAAACAUAUGACAGGGAAAGCGAAGACAGGGAUCGAGAGUGGGGUUGUAAAAGCAGCCAUAAAUUAUGAGGUGUCAGAAGUAACCAUGGGAUCUGGUGCAAAUGACUCAAAGAUUCCUUGUUUACUUGGUAAAGAUGCUACAAUCCAUCCUAAAAGAAAGAGAACAUCCAUGUUUACCUCAGGAAGCACAAAAGUUGAGUUCAGUAAAGCUACCAGAUCAACUGCAGAGGGAGCCAAAACUGCACAAGUUGCAAAGUUAUCAGCAGCCAAACCAUCAAGAGACCAGGAUACCAUAAAAGGCAUGAAAAUGAUCCACCAGUCUUCCUUUGCUAAUCUGAAAGCAUCAGCUGCUAACUCUCCCGAUGUUUCUGUGCGAAUUAUAGCAACUCGUAGCAAGGCCAGAGGAAUUCAGAAAGAAACUUCAGACUUCAAUCAGUUUGAAGGAACUUUUAGUACUGGAAUAGAAAAACAAUCCACAUCUCAACAGAAAGACCAUGACUCUACUUCGAAGAAUAGAGCACCACUGAGAGAGCUAAGUAGCACAGAGUCCCAAUCUAGGACACAUAAAUCAAAGAAGGUACCGAAGAGAGGCCUGCUGCAAUCACCAGGUUCCAGAGAGCUUGCUAGUCUUUUUGGGAAUGAGGUAUCUCCAGUUUUGCCAUCAGGCAGGCGAAGAAAGAGAAGCAUGUCCUCAGUCCGUGUUCUUUUCAGUCAAAGCAUGGACAGUGAAACCAUCAAAGACCAGACAAAGAUAUUGGCACACUUUAGAUUGCCAGUGGUAACAACUAUUUCAGAGGCUACACAUUUUGUUGCUAAAAAGUUUGCUCGUACAAGAAACAUGCUAGAAGCAAUGGCCAUGGGUAUACCUGUAGUCACACCAUCAUGGCUUGAAUGCUGUGAUGGAGCAAGGUGCUUCAUUGAUGAGAAAAAAUACAUAAUGAGAGAUACAAAGAAGGAGAAAGAGCUACACUUCAGCAUGCCUGUCUCCCUAAGCCGAGCCUGCAAAAACCCAUUGUUAGAGGGUAGAAGAGUACUAAUCACGCCAAAUGCAAAGCCUAGCAAGGAGCUUUUGAAGAUUUUAAUAGUGGCAGCUGGUGGCAAGCCUUUGGAGAAAAUUACAGUGUCUAUGAUGAAGAAUAGGAGUUUUGAAGGAGUCUUUGUAAUCUCUUGUGAACAAGACCGCAGCAUCUGUCUACCGUUUGUUAAAAAUGGUUUGGAAAUAUUCGACUCGGAGCUUGUGCUGAAUGGAAUUGUCGUCCAGAAGCUAGAGUUUGAAAGGUUCCGCCUUUUCCAUGAUUAAGUGUGAAGUUUCUGUCAGACCUGGGCAGCUAACUUGCAAGACAAGGAACACUCUCAUUUUGUAAAUAUGUCCGAAUGUGUUAUUUUGCAAGUAUGUAUCGUUGCAGCAAUACUCAACCCGUUCGCAUGAUUUGCCACACUCCGACGGGGUGUCCAUGCAGUUUGCUUUAUAAUGAUUUUAGUGUAGCUGGUGUCUUGUGAUGUUUAUAUCAUGUCGUGAUCAUUUUGGUUUAUGAGGCAGCACAAGGCAGAUACACACAAUCCACACAAGCAAACAAGCACUGCGAAUUCCCUCACUGAUCUCUCUUCCUUCU